AGCUGUGCAAGCCUCUCUGGGCGUGGUCGGUCAGACUUCACGAUUUUUUUUUGGCAUAGUCUUGCAGUUCAGCGGUGUGGCAGGACUGUUGUUGAAGUUACUGGGUCACGUCGCAGCAGACCGAGCGAGACAAGCAACCAUGACUUCAACGAAUAUGUUUCAGGGACUUGAUAGUAAUGGCAAACCAAGUUCAAGGGUACUAAGACCUCCAGGUGGAGGGGCAAGCAAUCUCUUCGGUGGUUAUGAAGAAGACGCUUCUGCCUCCAGACGGCCAAACAAAAUGUCGUCCUCUAUUUUUGCACCUCCAGAAGAGACCCAGGGGAGUGCCAGACGCUCCAAUCCCCCAGGUGGAAAGAGCAGUGGGAUAUUUGGGGAGCCAGGGGCUCCUUCGACUCGGAGAAAGCAAGUUCCCUCUGGUGGAGCAGCCAGUAACAUCUUUGGGGGUGCAGAGUCGACCCCACCUUCUGUGAAAAUUCAGCAUCCCAACAAACCAAAGGAUAAUUUAAGUGUGGGUGUACCUGCUACUCCAGAUCCACCAGCCCCAGUGCCUAAGAAGACUGUAGUUGAGGUAGUGAAGGCGGAGCCAGUGCCCCCUCAACCAACGCCUGAAAAAGAGCCAGCAGCCCCUGCACCCGCAGCCAAUCAGAAAUCUGAGCCAGCCACACAGCAACCAACAGAAAAGGACCACGAGCCACGCCUCGGACCCCGCCCUCGCUCUCACAACAAAGUGAUCAACCCACCAGGUGGAAAGUCCAGUGUGGUUUUCUAUUAGCCACGGCCAUCAUUGUCACUUCCUUUCUUCCAUCUGCUUUUAACCUGUACUAAAACCUAUCCUUUCUCAUUCUUUUGUUUUUGUUUUUCCCUCAAGUCUGUUACUCUUCAUUCCUUUUUUGCUUCUGCACUUUUUUGAUUCAUUCCUUACUUUCCUUUUUCCUUUCCAUCUAAUUAGAAUCAUUGUUGCUGUCACUCCAAAAACUGAAUGGUUAUGUUUUCUUUCAAAUGGUUUGCAUUGACGGUUGUACUCCUAUAUGAUUGUUCUCUCAAUUUGCUAAUGUAUUAAAUACAAGUUUGCCUCGUGAGACUCAGCACAGUCUAUGCAGUGUUCAACUGGUACCACUGUUGGUCACCAAAGCAAACUCUUCAGUAUCAGUGUAUUCAGUUCUUCCUUUGAAAACCAGUGAAUGUGUUCUGAUGGCAAUUUCUUUUGUGCAAUAAGGUGACUUCAUUUCUCUUUUUUUUUUUUACUCUGCUCUUGCAUUUGAGAAAGACACAAAACCAAAUGUAAAAGUAGUAGUUUAGAUGGCUAACCAAAUGCACAGUUUUUGUGUAAGUGAUCGCCAAAGCACACAUGUAUGACAAUGAAUAGAAUAUGUACAAUCAGGCAUCUUUAACAUAUCACCCUAUUAAAAUGUCCAUACAUGCAUUUGAAUGUAACCAGAGACCCUUAAACUUGGAGAAUCGUCUGAUUCUGUACUUGAAGAGAGUUGCUGCACCAUUGAAUCUUUAAUUCUUCUUCUGUUGAAUUUGGCCUUUCCUCCCAUUACCCAUUUGCUUUAUUCUUUACAUGGCAGUUGGAAGGUCAAAUAUGAUACGUCUGUGAGUGUGUGUGUGUGUGUGUGUGGGCAUUUCCCGCAUCACUGGUGCCAUCCCUGCCCAAAAUACUUCAGUGGUUGCUUGGCAAUGUAACUGGCUGCGGUGAUGUCACAGAGGCCUGUUUCAUACAAUACACCUCUGUAUUGUUCAUUUGUAUGCCGUUUUGUAUUGCUUAUUUUUUUCCAUGACAAUAAAAGGAUGUUUUACCAUGUUGCUUGAAAUAAACUAACAAAAAUCUUCAUUUGAAAAGUUA